UGCGCCAGUUCUUGACAUGUUAACGCUCUCCUCUCUUUCUCCUUUACUUUCGACUAGAGCCCGGACGUAUCUCAGCCUUGUGAAUCAAAGGUAUCUAUAGUAUGCGACGAUCAAUCCUGAUAACCUGGCUCGUCGCAGCUGCGGUUAUUCCAGUGGCCUCUGUUAGCUCCCAUUCCGGCCGGCUUCAAGUUUAUGACUAUGUGGUUGUAGGAGGUGGUACUGCCGGCUCAGCCCUGGCGACGAGACUAAGCCAAGGCUUGCCGAACAAAAGUAUCCUGUUGAUCGAGGCCGGCCCUGAAGCGUUGGAUGAAGAUCGCAUUAAUAUUCCUGGCAUGAAGGGGGCGACACUGGGCACCAUUUACGAUUGGAACUUCACUACUGUGCCACAAACCGCACUCAAUGGUCGAGUCCUCGGAGCCAACAGAGGCAAGGUGCUUGGUGGAAGCUCUGCAUUGAACUUGAUGACGUGGGAUCGAUCUUCCUCUGAGGAAUACGAUGGCUGGGAGCAACUCGGAAAUCCGUCUUGGAACUGGAAGAACAUGAUUACUGCUAUGGAGAUGGUGGAGACUUUUACAGGCAUCAAUUCGUCUAGCUAUGGCGACCAAGGAGUUGGCACCAGCGGACCUAUCCACACGGUGAUAAAUAGGGUAAUACCCGCGCAGCAGGACCUGUGGCUUCAAUCAAUGGCUGGUUUGGGGAUCCCGCAUAAUCUCAAUUCUUUGGGUGGAAAUCCUAUCGGAUACAUGAACCAGCCCAGCAACGUCGACCCGCGAACAUGGGCGAGAUCUUACGCUGCGAACUCUUAUAUCCCAGUAGCGGGGAAGAACCUUCAUUUGCUACUGGGGACGCGCGUAGCCAAGGUGAAUUUACGCAAGAGCCAAAAUUCUCAUACUGCAGUUGGUGUUACGCUACAAGAUGGCACCGUCAUCCAGGCUACGAGAGAGAUCAUUCUAUCCUGUGGCACUAUCCAAAGUCCAGGCGUGCUAGAGCUGUCCGGCAUUGGAAACAAGGCGGUACUCUCGAAGGCAGGCGUGGACCAGAUUAUUAACCUCGAUGGCGUGGGGGAGAAUUUGCAGGACCACGUUCGAUACCAAGCAUCUUACCAACUGAAGGACAAUUUCACUUCGUUUGACAUACUCAAGUACAAUGCCACGUAUGCAGCCGCACAGCUUGCAUUAUGGCGUGCAAACCAGACUUCUUUGUAUGAUUACACUGGAAGUGGAUACAGCUAUCUAAACUGGCAUCAGACGGUGGGCAAUCUAGCUACCAAACUCAACACUCUCGCAAAACAUGUGGUGCUUUCGCUUGGGUCUAUUGUCGAUAAGAAGAAGCUACAGUAUAUUGGAUCAGUUCUGUCGCCACAGGUGGAAAUCAUCUUUUCAGAUGGCUACACUGGAGUCAAGGGCUACCCCGCUAAAGGCUCCUCCCUGUAUGGAAAGGGCUUCUUCACUCUCAUUGGUGUCGUUAUGCAUCCUCUCAGCCGUGGCACCAUCCACAUCACCUCUACAGACAUUGAUGCUACACCACAAAUUGACCCGCAGUAUUUAUCCAACGAGUACGAUGUGCAGGCCGCUAUUGAGGUUGCCAAAUACUGCCGCAAGAUUGCACACUCUGCGCCGCUCUCUUCAGCAUGGGUGACUGAAUACGAACCAGGCGGGGCUGUCCAGACGGACGAAGACUGGCGCCAGUAUGUUCUCAACACCACACUAUCCAUAUAUCAUCCAGUUGGAACAUGCGCCAUGCUUCCCGAGAAAGACGGUGGAGUGGUAAGCCCAGAGCUCAUAGUUUACGGUACUACUAAUCUACGAGUGGUGGAUGCAAGCAUCAUCCCCGUUCUUCCAUCUGCGCAUAUCCAAACAGCCGUAUAUGGCAUCGCUGAGCGCGCGGCCCUCAUGAUUAUUCAAGACUCAAAGCCCUUUUGAAUCUUGCCAGUAUUGCCUGCUAUCGUCAUGAGACACGUUGUGAAACCCUUCAUGGAACUUCGACUGGUGAAUCUUGUUACUAGAUCAGUGGUUGACAUAAACCAAUUCUUAUUUUGGAAAGGUUGUGGAAGAAGGCAUAUUAUCUCACAGCAAAUCAUUGUGGAUAGGAAGCACUUUGCUGUAAUUGCGCUCGAAUAUGAAUGCGGAGAUUGCUUGGCUUGGGUUUGAGUGCUAUCAUAAUCCAUGAAUCGCAGGUUACACGCUUGGGAUAGAUAGCAAUUUAGCCUUAAUCCUCUAUUUGAUACUCUUAAUACAGUCUGCUGAGCAACCAUUUUCUAUC